UUGUACCUUUCUUACGGUUACAAUUUUAUAAGCGACCGCUUUAAUUUAUGUUUCUUUUUAUUUUUUUCUUUCCGUCUAUAUCUAUCUCUUUUUUCUUUUUUCCGUGUCCGGUCGUUAGUCACGCCGUUGAGAAAGGAUUUCGAAAAAAAGGACAAGUAUCCUCUCGCUUCGUACUUUGAAGAAAAAAAAAAAGAAAGACUGUUUGUUUGUGUUUUUAGUUCGGCCAAAUUUAAUUCGGUCGGAAAUUAGUUCGGUAUGGAAUUUAAAACCAGUUGUUCGGGUGAACUCCCAUCUGAACCUCAGCAGCAGUUCAACAUAUUUCCAGCCAUAUUCUCGAGACAGUUUAACUUCGGGCAAGGACAAGCCGGCAGUAAACUAAUGGACGAGUUGAGGCCGAACCUUGGUGGUAUAUUAGGUUUAGUAGAAGCUGGUGAUCAUCACCAUAGUGGUUCCGCGCAUCACCAUCCCGGUAGUGGGACGACAGGCACUGCACAAGGGAACAGUGAGAAGAGACCCAAAUUAGAAGAAUUCGGCUCUGUCUAUCCGAUUUCAUCAGUGGACCAUUCGACACCACCUCCUAGACAAUUACACGAACAUUCAGGUGGCGAGGGUGCGUUUAAAAAGCUGAAAAACGAGCCAGUCGUGUCUCCCGGUCCACAGCACGCCGGCCACACGCCAACAACGGCUUCCUGUCCUACACCCGCCCGUCGAAGACAUCGGACGACCUUCACCCAAGAACAACUGGCAGAACUGGAAGCGGCCUUUGCUAAAUCGCACUAUCCCGAUAUUUACUGUAGAGAAGAACUCGCCCGAACCACGAAGCUGAACGAAGCCAGGAUACAGGUCUGGUUUCAAAACAGAAGAGCAAAAUACAGGAAACAAGAGAAACAACUUCAAAAAGCUCUAGCGCCGUCUGUCCUUCCGACGUGCAACGGUGCUAUGAUGAGAAAUAUCUAUCCGACCGCCACGAGGGGGUAUCAACCUUACCAUCAUCACAACGCCAUGAAUAGGUACCAACAGAUGACGGCGGCCAGUUACCCACCGAUGACUCAACCUUUUUCGAUGUCCCAUUCUGCCACAAACAUGACUACCGUGUCCGGGAUGCGGCAGGACGCCAUGGGAAUGACUGCAGAUGACGAAUGGUACAACAAGAGUUUAUCAGCUCUUCGUAUGAACACAACACACCAUCCAAAUCUAGCUGCCCCCAUGCUACAGUACCAGACGUAGUGUUGUUGCUUGGCAUCAGAUCGUUCAUCUAAAAAUGGGUCUUCAAAUUAAGACCAUUCCAGAUUAAGAAUAAUUUUUAUGACUUAUAUGGAUAAGAAUGUGUUUUACAUAAACCAAUAUAUAAACAAAGAAUCGCCGGUUCCUGAUAUUUACUGAUAAAUAUACAGAUUUUAGCCUAGAAAACAUAAUAACUUUUGAUCUUGUUUGAAUUUAUUUAAUCAAAUCAACACCCUAUAAUAAAUGUUAGUUGUCUAUAUUGUAAAGCACGUUAAAUUAUUUUUUUAAUU